UCUUAAUCUAGUUCUGUUCUUUCAAUUAAUACUUAUUCUUUAACAACAUACAGUGUCCAGUUUUAACAAUAACAAUUUUACGGUUAGUGCAUUGUAUUAAAGUACAAUUGAGUAUUAUUUUGGUUUUUUUCAAGGGAUUGGAUAUGUAAAUCGACAGUACGAGAUGCCGAAAUUAAUUCCAACUGUAUUUUGGAUGAUACUUUAUGUGCACGUUCACUGUGAUUCUGACUUUCCAUUUUGGGAAUUUGAUGAGGCCCCUAUAAGGAUUUCACCAACAAGAAAUGAGGAUCUCGUCUACAGACUACCAGGAAAUGUUGUACCAUUGGACUACAACAUAUAUUUGGAUCUCUAUUUUGCUGAAAGAACAGAUAGGCCUUUCAGUUAUGAUGGAAGAACGAAUGUUAUAAUUCAGGCUGUUCAAGAAAAUGUUACCCAAAUCGUUCUACACGCAAAUGUGGACAGAAUAAACUCCGUCAGCUUAUAUGCAAGUGAUGCAUCUCCUUUUCCUUUAGUUGCUACUGACCCGUUCACUAUUGAUCCACAAUACCAUUUCCUGCGAAUCAAUUUACUGAAAUCUCUUGUUUCUGGUGAUAAUUAUACGUUGAUUAUCGACUAUAGCAGUACCAUGAAUGAAGGUCCUAUGAAAAGAGGGAUUUGGAGGGGUUGGUACACUGAUGAGGAUAAUAAUAUGAGGAUCUAUGCGACGACUCAUUUCCAGCCGUAUAACGCUCGACAGGCAUUUCCUUGCUGGGACGAGCCUUUGUAUAAAGCUACAUUCAAACUUCACAUAUCUCGGUCAACAAAUUAUUCAGCGACAUUCUCUAAUACCGGAGUGGAGACUUUUGAACUAUUUGAAGACCGAACAGUAGAACAUUUUAAGGCAACUCCACCAAUGUCGACAUAUCUCGUAACCUUUCUUGUCAGUGAGACAUUUAAGGUUAUUGCCAGUGAUUCCUCAUUCAAUCCACCAAUAAGAAUAAUUGCCCGAUCGAAUACUGAGGGGCUUGGAGACCAUGCUCUAGAAUUAGCUGUUGGCAUGACUAAAUUCUUUGAUGAAUACUUCGAUAUGCCGUAUGAAAGUUUGCACCCAAAUCUAUAUAAUGACCACGUGUCCUCCCCUGAUUGGGCUUCAGCUGGUACCGAAAAUUGGGGGAUGGUUAGUUAUAGAGAAUUAUACAUGAUUAUAGAUCCACGAGAGACAAUUAUGUCAGUCGAACAUUAUGCGACGACUCUCAUCUCCCACGAGCUAGCACACAAGUGGUUCGGUAACUUGGUUACCUGCUUCUGGUGGAGCAAUACUUGGAUCAAUGAGGGUUUCGCCAGUUACUUCGGAUACAUCGCUGCACACGAGGUAUUUCCAAAAUAUGAAUUGGAUGAGCAUUUCAAUUCUCGUUAUCUGCAAACUUCGUUAUCAACAGAUUCAGGAGGUAGUCAACCCAUGAAUUAUGAUGUCAAUACUCCUUCUCAAAUCACUGGUCACUUUGGUACCAUCAGUUAUUCUAAAGGCGCCGCUUUUCUCAGAAUGACUGUUGAUAUUAUUACCCCAGACACCUUUCAAAAGGCUUGCAAGAUUUUUUUAGAGAAUAAUCGAUUCCAACCUGUUGAUCAAUAUGAUUUGUAUGAUGCAUUUGCUCAAGCAAUAGCUGAAGAUGACUCUUUAAGAGAAUACUCACAAUUUAAUUUUACGGAAUAUUACCGUGUUUGGGUUAAUGAGCCUGGAUAUCCGAUACUCAAUGUUGAUAUUAAUCACUCCAGUGGUGAGAUAUCACUGAGCCAGGAAAGAUUUUUUUUAAGUCCAACUGCGUCACCUACUGGACAAGUUUAUCCUAUCCCAAUUACAUAUUCUACGAAAAGCGAUAGAAGAUUUAGAGAACUAAAACCAAUUUACAUGAUGAGUACAGAAAAAGCUGUGUUACAAAAACCUGCAAAUGAAGAAUGGGUUAUAUUUAAUCACUUGCAGCAUGGUCACUACAGAGUUAAUUAUGACGACAGAACAUGGGAUUUAAUCGCGGAGGCUUUGCUAAAUGAACCCGAUACAAUUGAUCAUCUAAACAGAGCACAAAUAGCUGACGAUGUCUUUGCUCUAAUGAGAUCGGAGAGAAUGACCUAUCAUAAAGGGUUCCAGAUACUUAGAUUCCUGCGCAAUGAGGAUAACUACCACGUGUGGACUGUUGCCAUUAGUGGAUAUACGUGGCUCCGCAAUAGACUCAGACACUUACCUGAAAAACAGGCAACUUUUGAUGCUUUUAUCCUAAACUAUAUGGAACAUAUAAUAGAAACAGUUGGGUUUGAACCCUCAAAUAACGAAGGACCUACUACGAGUCUGACCAGACAGGAAGUUCUCCAAUUUGCAUGCAACCUUGGCCAUAAGCAAUGCACAGAAGAUUCCAUUCGGCGAUUUAAUUCGAUGAAAAUCAACGAGUGGGUGGACCCUAGAAUACGGCGAAAUGUUUAUAUGACCGGUGUCAGAGAAGGCACAUCUGAGGAUUACAUGUUCCUUCUAAAUCGAUUCCAAAGUUCCAACUUUGCUAAUGAUCAACUGGAGAUGCUGCGAGGUCUUGCUGCAACCAAAGAUCCAGAAUUAUUGACUCAUUACUUAAAUCUCACACUGGAAAAGGAAAUAAGAUCGCAUGACAAAUCGACCUCCUUUAGUUACGCACUCCUUGGAAAUAAGGAAAAUGCAAAUACAGCACUGCAAUUUCUUAAAAAUAACAUAGAUGCAAUCAGAGAAACGUAUGUCGAAGAUUCACCAGCUAAUCCUGUGCAAAGUGUAAUGUCGAAUCUUGCAUCUUAUCUUGAUGAACCUGAACUUGUAGAUUAUGAAAACUGGUUAUCUACAACUCAGAGAAACUCACUGCAAUACAGUAGUACAAUAAAUGCGAUCAACAGUGCGCGAAAUAAUAUGGCAUGGGGAACAGCCAAUGCGGAUACCAUACUAAGCGCUGCAAGGGAUGGUGUGACUACUAUUGUUGCAUCGGCACUUAUUUUAAUGGUGACAACAUUACUGGCACUGAUUAUUUGAGUUAUUUAAUCCAUAUAUUUUUGAAAUUGUAUUUUUAAAUUAUUUUAAUGUCCUUUUCCGUGUUGAAGACAAAUGUUGAAAAUAGCAAUUAAUUAAUGUAAAUAAUAAUAAUAAAAAAAACUAUUAUUAAUAAAUAAAUUGAAUUAUACAAUAAA